AUGCGUGUGGUGAGUUUAGUUGUACUUUGCCUAAUGCUCUUCCACGCUGCUUCCUUGACCGCCGCUCCACUGGGGGAAGAAAGAGCGGAUCUCGUCCGAUACGAAAAUGUGCAGACCGAGAAUGGAUACCGGUUUUCGUUUGAAACGAAAGACGGACAAAUUCGCGAAGAAGUUGGCACGAUCGAUGUGCCGACGGGAGUGCUGAAAGUCAGCGGUCGGUACAGUUAUCGCACGCCAGAUGGAGCCUCGUAUCGAGUUGACUUUGUGGCCGACGAGAACGGAUAUCGAACGAUCGAGCAGCCGAAUGUUGCAGUGCAAAUGUUACCCUUUCCUACUCCUGUGGGUGCUCUGAACCUGAUAACACGUCUAUUUGGAACCAUCAAAUUCGAAUCCACGAUGAAUAAGAAAACAAUCAGCCUUCUUUUGGUGGUUUUUAGUCUAAUUCUGUCGAUCGACGCACGUCCCACAAACGAAGUUAACAACAACUACCAGCACUUUGAAGUCAUUAGAGACCAGUACGGUGGACAAUCGUUUUCAUACAAAACUGAUGAUGGUCAGUGGCGCAACGAAACUGUAAAAGUAGACGCUAACACCGGUAAGCUGAUCAUAUCCGGCUGGUACCGGUACGUUGGUACGGAUGGGGAGAUUUAUCAGGUGAAAUACGUGGCGGAUGAAAACGGCUUCCGACCCCUGGGGGCGCAUCUUCCGGGUGCGGAUCUAUCAGAUCGGAGUAUUUUCGACGUGUCUACGCGGCUCGCUAAUGGUCUUUCGAGAACAAGUUUGCUUUCGCUGGCCGGAUGA